CUCCAACCGCAAAGUUGCCGGGCUCGAAACGUCGUACAUAUCCUGCGCAAAGACCCCCAGUCUCGAUCGUUCUCCAAACUCCAAUGCAUGUAUCACCACCGUGUGCUUUUUUGCAUCUUUCUGCGGCGCAUUUGUUUCUGUUUCAAGACUGCUCUUUCUCUGAGGAGAGGCCAGCGCGGCCUUGAAGGUCAACAAUUUCGCCUGGUGUACAAGCCACCAUCAGAAAUUGACGGAGACCUACACCGCAGCCGGCACAUCUUACCUAACAAAGGCCUCAGCAACGAGUCACACGACCGACGUAAUGACCAUGAUAUCGCUUUACUCCGAAGCGGCUCCUCAUCGGUCUGCUGCAUCGCAAGCACCAUUCGAGAUCCAAGGUGACGAUGCAGAUGGGGAAACAUUGGCGGACAGAUUCCAGAUGCUGGAAGAGUUAGGGAGCGGCUCGUUUGGUGUGGUAUACAAGGCCAUCGAAAAGGCUACCGGCGAAAUCGUAGCUAUCAAACAUGUCGACCUCGAAUCGUCCGAAGAAGAUCUCUCAGACAUUCUUUCCGAACUCUCCGUUCUAUCCUCUUGCUCGAGCUCACACGUCACAAAAUACCGCCUGGCUUUCCUGCGUCGGCAGACACUGUGGAUUGUGAUGGAGUACCUGGGAGGAGGAUCGUGUGCGGAUUUACUCAAACCUCCUCCACACCGCCUUUCAGAAAACCACAUCGCCAUAAUAUGCCGCGAGCUCUUGCUUGGGUUGGCUUACCUUCACAGCGAGGGCAAGCUGCAUAGGGAUAUCAAAGCUGCGAACGUCCUGCUGGGUAUGGACGGUCGUGUGAAGCUUGCCGAUUUUGGUGUUGCAGCGCAACUUGUCGGUCUCAAGAGCGUACGGAAUACAUUCGUGGGUACACCAUUCUGGAUGGCCCCCGAGGUUAUACAGCAAGAAGGUCACGACGCAAAGGCAGAUGUGUGGAGCCUGGGUAUUACCGCCAUGGAAUUGGCCAAUGGAGAACCGCCGCACGCCAACGUCCACCCCAUGAAGGUCCUGUUCCUCAUCCCCAAACAGCCGGCUCCCAGGCUGGAGGGCGGAUCAUGGUCGAAAGACUUCCGAGACUUUGUUGCAUGCUGUCUCACAAAGGACGUCGAUCGCCGACCCACAGCCAAAGAGUUGCUCAAGCAUCGAUUCAUCCGAAGUGCUGGCAAGAUCGAGGGCCUGCAAGAGUUGAUUGUGCGCAAGCAGGACUGGGAAUCCCAAAAGGGCGGGGAGCGGAGCUUGAAAUAUUAUGCCGAAACGCUCAAGAACCUGCGCGGUGUCAAGGAAGAUGAUGACUGGGUAUUCGAGACAAUCAAGGCAGUACCGACGGUGGACUCGAGGCGUCCAAUACCCUUCCAGACACAGAAACGUCGUAAAGUCUCAAGCACAAGCCCGGAUGGAACGACAGGAGACAGCACGUCGAGAUUAGUGGAACAGAUGACACUUGAUGAGCAGCAGAGUCCGACAAAACUGACGAUGCGCAGAAUAUCAGGUGCUAAACCAGAGAGACGUACGUCGGCAGAGUACGCAGCCAGUAUGGCUCGCAGAACAGCAAAGAAGAGACUAUCCAGCCAAGUCCAGACCCGUUCGCCGCUAGGAGUGAACAUGAACUUUGGCAAUUCCCCAAGCACAGUCCGACAAUUCAAAAGAGUUUCAUCGAAUCCAAGCUCUUUGAGCGAGGUGCAGGACGGCACUGAAGACGGCGACGAGAACGAAGAUCCCAACUCUAGUGUGGUUAGGACGCCGUCGAAAAAGCCUGGGCUAGGCAUACUGCUCAACGUGGACGUACAGAACUCUUUGUUGGGAGAAGACAAGCGGGAAGAGGAACCGAUGCAACGCUUGAGAGUUUGUUCAAAUGCUAGCAUGCUCGCCGCACAGAGCAAAGAGGCACAGCUUGGACGAAAGCUCUACGCUAAUGCCAUCGGUAUCAGUUGCCAGGAGGUACUAAACGAUACUGCAGACGAAGUCAAACGUGAGGGUAUCGCCAGACUUGCCGAAGCAUUCUCGGAUCUGGAGAGCUUGGAUCCAGAUGGGAUGUACCACAUAAUUAGGAGUGUCAUCGACAGGAUGGCCAAGGACGAUGGAUUGAAGACUUUGCUCCCUCAGGCACAGCCACAAUCACAGCAAUUGCAGCGGCAAGAAUCAGGUUCCCGCCGACAAAAGGACAGUGAGAAUGUCAGUAAACAGGUCUUGCAGACAUCACCUCGAAAAGGGAGCGAUGCUAUCCAAGCAAACGAAAGCCGACAAGUGACGCCCUCGACCCCGCGAGGACAGGCACAAAAGUUAGUUCUCGCACAGAAUAAUCCUCAUCUCAAAAGUCAUCGACGACGGCAGAGCGCGCAGGUCGCUGCCAAAAGCCGGGAGACUAGUCAAGGGUUGGAACUUCCUCCGAGUCCACUCAAGAAUGCCACAAGACUAGAGCGGGAGCGAGAGGAUGAGAACGAACAAGAGAUGAUGAGCGGUCUUGUGGGUGGAUUGGAACACACGAGACAACUUGCCGAUGUCUUGUUUGAAAGAUGGUGCGAAGGGCUUCGGGUGAGAUGGCCUGCGGUGUGAAAUCUCCCCCUCGAUAUUCGAUUCAAUUUGCGUUUUGAUUCUUUUCUUUUCGUUUGUUGGCGAUGGUACACGAACAAAGCAGUUUGCUAUUUCAUUGAACAUUUGGUGAAGCUCUGGGAAAGAUUGCAUAGCGACAGGGAUGAGUUGCAUUUCUCUUUUGGGAACUUACUGGUGCCGAGUGUGUUUAGGGAGUGCAUUUUCUUCUGAAAAAGUCUCUUCAUUGAUGGCCGAUGACUAUCCAUGGCUGGUGAGUUGAGAUAAGUCGUUCCGGUGUAAGAUAUGUGAAAGUAGGAUCUUCUUUCCCUUUUCUUCUCAUACGUGACAAGUAAAGAGAUAGGAAAACGGACAGAUGAGUCAAAUAUACAUUUAUG